GGAGGCCGAGAACCCGGACCGGCCGCAUCACUGCCCCUCACGUGGAUGAUGCGCACGUGGUGGGGGCCACGUGGCCUUCAAACACGUGGCGCUGGCGCAAAACCAGUGCGAGGGCAAAGUGAAAACGGCUGCGAGCAACGCCGUCCACCUCGCCCUUCUACCAUCCGCUCUCCGAGGACCCAACGCAUUCGCUGGCUAGGCUGAGUGAUCCAAGAUGCAAAUCUUCGUCAAGACUCUCACUGGCAAAACCAUCACCUUGGAGGUCGAGUCCUCGGACACGAUCGACAAUGUCAAGGCGAAAAUUCAGGACAAGGAAGGCAUCCCUCCCGACCAGCAGCGUCUGAUUUUCGCCGGCAAGCAGCUCGAGGACGGCCGCACGCUCGCCGACUACAACAUCCAGAAGGAGUCGACGUUGCACCUCGUCCUUCGUCUUCGUGGAGGCUACUACAAGGUCGACGCUGACGGAGCCCUCAAGCGUCUUCGUCGCGAGUGCCCCGCUCCCGAGUGCGGAGCUGGUGUCUUCAUGGCCUGGCACAACGACCGCCAGUACUGCGGCAAGUGCCACCUCACCUACCUCUUCACCCCUGGAGAGAAGCCCCCUACCGCCUAAGCGUGCUGCAAGCGUGCACGGCGGUGUGACGCGAGGUGUGGAUGCGAUCUUGUCCGCCUCGUCGUCGACGCCUUCUCUUCUUCGCUGUUAGCAAUCAGUCAAUCCUUUGCACAGCGAUCACCAGGCUCGAGAUUGAGAGUGAC